CCAGUACUUGUUACAGAUAGACCCGUCCGUGGUAGUACCCGGUCUUUUAUCAGUACCGCUGCACUCGUACGACGGCUAUAAUAGCGUAGGAAUCGUCGCACAAUCAUUUUUUUCGACCUGGACCACUGGCCUUUCCAGAUAAAAUCUGUUUGUUCCGUUAUCGCUUCCACUUAACUAUGCGCCUACUUUGAUUCGAAGUACUGCCUUUGUUUCAUUGAGUGAAGAAGUCCGUGAUUUGUGUUGUGAUUAGGAAUUAUUUCCCGCCAAAAUUGAGAUGGACAACGGUACAACAGAGAACAAGGACCCAGAUCACCAGCAUGUGGAUAUCAUACAAAAAUCCAUAGGCGUACUGGGCAAGUGGCACAUCUGGAUUUGCCUGGCCAUAUUCUUGGUAAAAUUUGGAGUGGCGUGGCAUCAGUUAAGCAUCGUUUUUGUGGCACCUAUUAUGGAAUUUACCUGCUCGAACACAAGCCUGGACAAAUGUGAUCCAGAUUGUCCCAGCCACGUAUUUGAUAGGUCAGUUUUUUCCGAAACAAUCAUCUCAGAGUGGGACCUUGUAUGUGGAAAGCAAUUUUGGGCAGAUUUUUCCCAAACAGUCACUAUGCUGGGCAUUCUUUUUGGAAAUAUGUUGUUUGGAUUCUUAUCUGACAAGUAUGGUCGAAAGAAUCCUUUGGUAUGGGCUGUUAUACUUCAGGCUACUUCUGGUACCAUUGCUGGAUUUUCACCAUGGUUUCCUUUGUUUUUGGUUAUGAGAUUUCUAGCCGCGUUAGCUACAGGAGGUACUAUGGUCACUAGUUUUGUUUUAACUAUGGAACUUAUUGGAACCGAAUGGCGGACAGUGAUUUGCAUUUUAUACCAGAUUCCGUUCAAUCUGGGCCACCUUAGUUUACCAUUAUUUUCGUACUACCUGAGGAACUGGCGCUAUUUUCAAGCGUCCAUUUCGCUACCAUCGAUUCUAUUGGUUUUCUAUUAUUGGGUUCUUCCUGAGAGCCCAAGAUGGCUUCUGGCAGAUGGUCAAAAAGAAAGGGCAGUGGCGGUACUGGAAAACGCGGCAAAACAUAACGGCUUACCCACGAAAAACAUCAAAAAUGACGUAGACAAGUAUUUUGUGCAGCAAAAGGCUCAGAUGGAUGAGACCAAGAAACACAAGGGAAAUAUAAUGGACUUAAUCAGGACACCUAUAAUGCGAAUGUACACCAUCGCCAUCUGUUUUAACUGGAUAGUGUGCGGACUGUGUUUUUUCGGAGUGUCUCAGUUUAUUGGACAACUCGCAGGCAAUAUUUUCUUAAACGUCGUCUUGUCAGCGGUAGUCCAAAUACCGUCCACCCUCUUUGCCUGCUGGUCGACCAAGGCAUGGGGUCGCAAAGCAACUUUAAUUUGUGCAAAUCUUAUAUCAGGGAUAUCUAUGAUUUUGAUUGGAAUCGUACCAGCACAUCCCACCUGGAUUAAACCGGCUCUAAGCACAGCUGGAAUGUUUGGAUUGGCUCUGGCAUUUCCAACUGUUUACAUUUACUCAGGAGAAUUAUUUCCAACGAUGCUACGAAAUGUUGGUGUGGGAACGUCAUCUAUGAGCGCUAGAAUAGGUUCGAUGGUGGCACCUUUUGUAGCCUCCUUGGUAACUAUAGAACAAUGGAUUCCUCCUCUUAUUUUUGGCGUAGUACCACUUAUUGGUGCACUUCUGUGCUUAAAACUACCGGAAACUUUAGAUUGCAAACUGCCUGAAACUGUUGAAGAAGCGGAAAUAUAUGAAAUGAGAUCUAGAGCUAAGAAGACUGAAAAAAAGAGAACUAACGAUGUUCAAAUGAUGUGAUAAAUCGAGAAAAAAUGUAGUAGAAUUAUUAUAAAAGGUGUAAAUGAACCAACAUUUCGUUCAUUUACACUCUGUAUCAUACUGACGAUAGAAUAAACUGAAUUUUAAAUGAA